AUGGCCGCGACUACAAAUCUUAGUCUCUUCUCUCCUGUAUACCUUGCUCCUUCGUUAACUGUAAACCGUAGACGUCUCCAUGGCAUCAACAAGAGGUCACAAACUCGUAUCUUCUUUCCCGCUAAACCCUUCCCUUCUCUAUCUAUCAAAAUCGCUGCAUCAUCCCCUUCGCCGCCUACCUGUACCCCGCUAACUCCUCUCUAUCCCACGACUCGGUCAUCCACACUCACCUGGUCGACUCGGUCAUCUAUCGAGUCGACUCAGUCAUCUUCCACCACCGAGUUGACUCGGUCUCUCGCCACUCUGGCGGCAUUAGCAAUCGCUCUAGCCAGAGCCUUAGCCCAUAAACUCUCUCUCACAGCUCACACAUCAGCAAUACAAUUAUCUCUCCAAACCGGCGGGACUGUCUUCUUCGCGUCGCUCCGGGAAUGGCCGCCGGGGUAUUUGAUCACGCCGCAGACGGUGGUAGCGGUGGUGAUGAAGAAGUGGGUAGAUAUAUACAGUGAUGUAUUGAUGCUUAGGUUGUUGCUGACUUGGUUCCCUAAUCUCCCUUGGGAGAGACAGCCUUUGUCAGCCAUUCGAGAUAUGUGUGAUCCUUACUUGAAUCUCUUCGGAAACAUCGUUCCUCCUAUCUUCGGCGAGGAUCUCAGUCCCAUGCUUGCUUUGGCUGUUCUUGGUACACUCGGAUCAAUUCUUGACGUAAGCACGUGAUAAAAGGAGAAUCCUUUGAUCAGUGAGAA